UUUUAUAAAAUCUUAAAAUAAAUGACAAAAUAUAAACAAAAAAAAUGUAAUAGAGCUUCAGUGACUGCAAACGCAAUUGAGUUUGUUCCCGUCGGACCAGCACACCUAGAAGAACUUCAUGAUCUUCUGUGUGUUUGACAUCAGAACACGAGGACGGAUCGCUCUCGAACACACCUAACAACUGUUGUUAUGCUCAGGUGUGUGUGUGUGUGAGGAGGAGGAGCUCUGGUGUGAAGAUAAAUACUGCUGUCAUCACCAUCACAUCACAUUCAUCAUGGACUUCGAUCUCGACUCAGCUGCUGUUGGAGGAGACGAGGUGAAGAAGCAGGAGGGGGCAGAGGUGGAGGGAAUCUUUGGGUUCGGAGAGAAGGAUAAAGACAAAGAAGAGAGCAAGGACAAGAGUGAUUGCAAAGAAAAGGAGAAAGAGAAGGACAAGUGCAAAGAACAAGAUAAAGACAAGAGCAAAGAUAAAGAUAAGUGCAAAGACAAGGACAAGAAGAAGGAUAAAGAACACAAAAAGGGUCACGGACACAGUCAUGAACACGGACACGGACACGGUCACGGUCGAGGUCGAGGUCGAGGACGCAAGUCUUCUUCUUCAUCCAGCGAUGAGGCCUGAAGCUGAAGGACACACCGGGGCUAGUUGUCACAUGGGAAAACAUCCUGUCAAAAACGUUUUCUCUCAGGGUUUUGUAUGUUGGUUUUAAACAUCGAGUUGUGGCGUUUGUCUUUAUUAGUACAAUAUUUUGCUAUAUUUUUAUAUAUUGCUGCAAGCUGUUACAUCCUUUCUAUGAUGCACUUAUCUAUAAAAAUAUGUAUGUCAUAUAACAAAUGUUUGUUUUCUCAUAUCAGUGUGAAUACAUAUUGUGACGUAUCCUAUAUAAUGACAACAUGCCCUGCUGAAGAUAACAGUGUAUUUUCUUUGUAGUUGGAAAGAAGGUUUUUGACAAUAAAAGUGAUUUUUCAAAACAAACUCA